AUGACACAAAUUGAAGUUCCAACUGAAUUACCAGUAAUUCUACGUAAUUUCACAUUGAGUGUAUUACGAACAAAACCACGUGAUAUUAUCAAUCAUGCUGUUGAAUAUUUUACACAACUUCAACAACAAUCACAACUAAUGACAGGCGACAAUAGAGUCACGACAGUUCCUUAUUCUUCUUUUGCUUCCAUUAGUCAUUGUGAACAACAGCAACCAGCAUCAAAGCACAAUGUUGUUUUCUCAGAAAAUGCGACGAUCAUGGAAAAUAAUAAAAUAGUAUCAGAAAAAGAAAAUACAAUGACUAAUUCAGCCAAUAUAUCAAUCAAUUGUAUUUCACCAACAGCAUCAGAAAAUCAAAGUGAAGAAGAUGAUGUUCUUGGUGCUGAUGAGGACAUGCGACGUCAAUAUAUAAAAAAAAAUGAUUCUCGACGUGUAUCAGUCGCCGCUGAACGCUACAAUCCAGAAGAUGAUGAUUCUGAUGAUGAAGAAUUUCAUACAUAUCCAAAAAGUCUUGAACAAAGACAACGUUUAAGAGAAGCUGUUCGUUAUAAUUUCUUAUUUCGUACAUUAGAAUUAAAACAAAUCGAUUAUAUUCUUGAUGCUAUGUGGGAAAAACAUGUGACAAAAGGAGAACAUAUUAUUCAACAAGGUAAAGAUGGUGAUAAUUUCUAUAUUAUUGACAAAGGUCUUUAUGAAGUUUAUGUAUUAAAAGAAAGUGAUUCGAAUAAUCAACCAAUUAAAAUUGGAGAAUAUAAUCAAACAGGUUCUUUUGGUGAAUUAGCUUUAAUGUAUAAUCAACCACGUUCGGCAACAAUAAUUGCCGUUACUGAUGGUACAUUAUGGGUUAUGGGUCGUCAAACAUUUCGUAAACUUGUUUUAAAACAUGCAUUUCGUAAACGACAAAUGUAUGAAAAUUUUCUACGUGAUGUAGAUAUAUUACAAUCAUUAACUGAUUAUGAACGAUCAAAUGUUGCUGAUGCAUUAAUACCAAUAGAUUUUUAUCAAAAUGAUAUUGUUAUUAAACAAGGUGAUGAAGGCGAUAAAAUGUUUUUUAUCGAAGAUGGUAAAUGUGAUAUAGUUGUGAAUGAAAAAUGUCAUAAACGUUUACAAAAAGGUGAUUAUUUUGGAGAACUUGCUUUACUUAAUCAUGAACCUCGAUCAGCAACUGUUAUUGCAGCUAGUCAUAAAGUUCGAUUAGCUUCAUUAGAAGUUCAAUCAUUUGAACGUUUAUUAGGACCAUGUAUGGAUUUAUUACAUCGUAAUACGUCGAAAUAUCUUAAAUAA